AUGUGGAAAUACAAGUACGAAGCGGACACCAACGUGAAUAGUGGGACGGAUGACGGUUUUCUAGAAGAUCUUUUGGGCGAAGAGGUCGGGCUGGCGGAUUCCCUACCGCUGGAUGCCCGCGCAGAGUUGGACCGACUGCACGAGCUUGCUGCCGAAUUUUCUCGUCUCACAGCAGCAGCUGGAGCCCAAAAGGGUCAGACGGCCGACGAGGACGAUGAUUCCAAUGGAGAAGAUAUGACUCGUGAGAUCAACGACAUCGUCUCCCAGGCAGUCGAAGCUGCCUCGAGCCCGAAGCAUGCUGAAGCGGCCUCGGCGGCGACGGUUGGUGGUGAUGCCUCGGUGGCACCCUCCUCGACAGCUGCUGUGGGCGACGUGGGCGACGUGGCAGACGUGGAGAAUGAGGAGGGGCCUGAUCUAGCCCUGCCCUCGGUGCCUACGGAUGCCCCGUCUCCGACAGGACCGCAAUCCGCUGGGUCGCCAGCUCCCAUGACUGGAAACUUCGAGGACGACAUGGCCCGCCGCAUGGCUGCGCUCAGGAGCUUUAGGCCGUCCCUCGGCGCACAGGACCAGGAGGAGGAAGACUCGAAUCCGUUGGGUCUACCGUCGGUCCCCACCUUUAAGCCCUCCGAGGGUAACAAGCCAAAGCCUGGCCCGGCUGGGCGCGCAGGAUUCACCGACGAAGACAUGCAGACGUGGUGCGUAGCGUGCCUUGAAGAUGGCACCCUCAUCUGCCCCGAAUGCGGCGAUGAGGUGUAUUGCUCACAAUGCUGGUUCGAUAUGCACAAGGGGCCGGCUGCCGGGUUCGAAGAGCGAAGCCAUCGCGCACAGCAAUUCAACAAGGACCAAAGGAAGAAGAGAGUGGCGUUAGGAGCUUAA